AUGGACAAGCUCACGGACCUGGUGCUCAAGCCCGCCAACGGCGGCAAGGGCAACGCCGUCAUGACACGAACGGCGUCCAAGAUCUCGGACUCUCUCAGCGACGAGAAGGUCGGUCUCCCUGGUAUUCCCGCGCUCGAGUCCGAUCAGACUUUCUACCAGCGCGGUAUGCCUGACUCGCUCAAGAGCAUGUCUUCCGACGAGAUCAAGUUCCUCGAAAAGCAGCUGGUUCGCAAGCUCGAUCUUCAUAUCAUGCCUGUCGUCAUCGUCAUGUUCCUCCUCAACAUCAUCGACCGCAACGGUCUUACAAACGCAAAGCUCGGCACCCUCACCAAGGACCUCGGUCUCGACUCGCACGAGUACCAAACCGCCCUGAUGCUUCUCUACGUAGGUUAUCUUCUCUUCCAGGUUCCUUCGAACAUGCUUCUACCCUACACACGUCCUUCGCUCUACCUGCCGGGCUGCAUGGCCCUGUGGGGUAUCGUCAGCGCCUGUACGGGUGCCACGCACAACUACGGCGGUCUGGUGGCAUGCCGAAUCACGCUUGGUUUCCUCGAGGCUCCCUUCCUCGGCGGUGUUGUCUAUCUCUUCUCGUGCUUCUACAAAAAGUCGGAGCUGGUCGCCCGUAUCGCCAUCCUCUACUGUGGAAACUCGUUGUCCAAUGGCUUCGGCGGUCUCUUUGCCGCUGGUAUCCUGCAAAACCUGAACGGCGCGCACGGCCUCAGUGCAUGGCGCUACAUCUUCAUCAUCGAGGGUGCUGCCACCGUCGGCGUCGCCUUCAUGGCCGCAGCUCUGCUUCCGGACUGGCCCAGCAACACUCGCUGGCUGCAGGGCAACAUGAAGGACCUCGCCAUCUACCGUAUCAGCGCCGAGAACGGAGGUGCCGCUGAGGAUGAGAAGCCCAAGAAGUGGACCACCGGCGUCACCCUCGCUUUCAAGGAUCCCAUUGUUUGGCUUUGCGUCUUGAUGCAGCACAUGCUCCUCGUGGCUCAGUCGUACACCUACUUCUUCCCCACCAUCGUCAAGACGCUCGGCUACAACAGGACCAACACGCUGCUCCUCACCGCACCUCCUUACUUCUUUGCUUUCAUCGUGUCGGUAUUCAACGCCUGGCACGCUGGCGCCACCAACGAGCGCUUCUGGCACAUCACCAUACCCAUGUGCUGUUCCAUCGUCGGCAACGUGCUCGUCGUCGCCGUGCUCAAGACUGGUCCUCGCUACUUUGGCAUGUUCCUACAGGCUCUCGGACCGUACGCUGCUUUCUCGCUCAUCCUCGGAUGGAUCAGCUCAAGCAUCGCGCGUCCCAAGCACAAGCGUGCCGUUGCUCUGGCGCUGAGCAACAGUAUCGCCAACGGUUCGCACCUGUACACCUCGUAUAUCUACCCUGACAAGGACAAGCCUCGCUUUCUCAAGGGUGGUAUCAUCAUUAUGGCCGCUUCGUUCCUCUGCAUCGCUUGCGCCUUCUCGCUCAAGUUCAUUCUAAAGCGUCGAAACGCCGAGUACGACAAGGCCGAGAACGAGGGCAAGGAGAACGCCAACCCAGUCGGUUUCGGGUUCCGUUACGUGUACUAA